UUGAUUAUUCCAUUUCCACUCAGAACAAUUUUAAAAUCUCAAAAAAAAAAAAAUCUCUCUUUGUCUCUUUGAAUUCUCAAAAAUUUGCAUCAAUGGCGUUGAGGAACAUUGAAAAUGCGCUUCCGAUCUCACAGGAACGACCUAAGAAGUUGGCUAAACUCUCAAAGCAACCGGAGAUAUGUCUGAACGAUGAAAACAACACAGUUGCUGUGCCUGAAUCGACUGUUGAAUACGUUGCUUCCGAGAAUCUCAAACCAAUUCAAGAUCCUGAAUCAUCUGUUAAGAGGUUAGUAGAAGAAUUAGCAUCGAAGGAUUGGAUUAAAGUAUGCGAGUCACUGAACAACACAAGGAGAUUUGCAAUUCAUCACUCUUCUCUGUUGCUACCAAUACUGGAAAAGCUUAUAGUUGUGAUGGUGAAGGCAAUGAAGAAUCCUAGAAGUGCAUUGUGCAAGACUUCGAUUAUGACUUGUUCUGAUAUCUUCAAUGCUUAUGGGGAAAAGUUACUUGAAGGACCUCAUUUGAAAUCAAUGGAUGAUCUGCUGUUGCAGUUGCUGAUGAAAGCUUCACAAGACAAGAAGUUUGUGUGUGAAGAAGCAGACAAAGCGCUGAACACAAUGGUUAACUCGGUGGCUCGUUUGCCUCUUUUGAGUAAACUCCAGACUUAUGUCCGUCACAGUAACCCUCGUGUCAGGGCCAAAGCUGCUGUGUCUACUUCCAACUGCGUUUCUAAAAUGGAGUUGAAUGAAAUGGAAGAGUUUGGGAUGGUUCUGCUUGCGCAAAUGGCUGCGGAUUUGUUGAGUGACAAGUUGCCGGAGGCAAGGGAAGCAGCGAGGAGUAUGGUCAACUCGGUUUUCCAGAAAUUUACAUGGAAUGCAGAAGAAGAAGACGAAGAAGGAAGCAAACAAGAAGCUUGGCAGAAGUUUUGUGAAAAGAAUGUAACAGGGCUCAACGUACAAGCCAUGAUCAAGAUUGUCUCAUCUCAAUAAAUGUUAAAAGUUGUUGUUCUCUUUGAUUCAUGUAAAAUACGUUUUUACAUGAUAUAACAAUCUUUCUACUUUUUCCUA